AUAUUCAUCACUUUCGUUGUUAAGACGGAAAAAAAAAAAAAAGAGGCAGAACCAAAAAACUUUAGGGUUCGAUUUCGCUCCUUGGUAAUCACCAUGUCCGGAGAAGAAGAAGAGAACGCCGCCGAACUCAAGAUCGGAGAUGAGUUUUUGAAGGCAAAGUGCUUAAUGAACUGUGAAGUCUCUUUGAUUCUUGAGCACAAGUUUGAACAGCUUCAGCAAAUCUCAGAGGAUCCUAUGAAUCAAGUUUCUCAAGUGUUUGAGAAGUCCUUGCAAUAUGUGAAGCGAUUCAGCCGCUACAAGAAUCCAGAUGCUGUUAGACAAGUUCGAGAAAUACUAAGCAGACAUCAACUCACUGAGUUUGAGCUAUGUGUUCUUGGCAAUCUCUGUCCUGAAACUGUUGAAGAAGCAGUGGCAAUGGUUCCUUCUCUUAAGACAAAAGGAAGAGCUCAUGAUGAUGAAGCUAUUGAGAAGAUGCUCAAUGAUCUCUCACUUGUCAAGAGAUUCGAGUAGUGCAGAAGAUUCUCAAGAUCUAAGAUUCUGAACAUUUAGCAGGAUGCUUUACUUGCCUUCUAGCUGAUCUGGAGUUAAUUCGCCACGUCUGAAAUUAUAAAGCUUUAAUGCCUAGAAUUUCUGGAAUGAUACCUUCAUGUUAAAUGAAUGUAAUUUACAACGGAUGAUCCAAGCUUUUAAUGAAAUAUACCAUCUCUUUUUCACUAAAUCAAGUAAGGGAUGACACUAUAUACAUACUACACCUAAAGCAGCUAUGUGUGAACUGUGAAGCUUUAAUUCCAUCUCUUGGCAUUUUUGCUGGACUUUGACUUCUUUUUGGAAGCUUGAAACGCUUUCAUCUUUUGCUUCUUCCGUGCUUCUCUCUCAGCCUUUGACAUCUUUGACUUUGCUUUCACUUUUGGAGCUUUUUCUUCCAAUUCUGCUUCCCUCUCCAGCUCCCUUGCUCUAGCUUCAACAUUCUUCUCCAG